AAUUAAUAAUAACUGGGCCAAUAAUUAAUAAUUGUUAGUGUCCACUAGGUGGCGCCAAAAGACCAAGUGGCUUUAGUGUAGAGGGCGGGACUGAAGCAGGAUCCGAGUUAUUGUCAUCACUACCACACCUUAUCAUCCUGGCUCUCUGGAUAGGAACCUGCAGCCUGCUCUCCUUGCAGCCCCCCUUCCUCCUCCCCCUUUUCCUCCUCCUCCUCAUUUGUCGAACGGCUGUAGUGCGCACUGAGCAACGGCAGUGCGCAAAAGGGCCGGCAUGCACCUGGAGGAACCCGCCCUGUAAAGCCGGUUCCAGACUCUGUUCGGAGUUUCAGCCGGAUUGCAGGAGGUUGCUCUAACAGCAUGAAUAUAGCGGGGCGGGUGCUGGAGCUGAAGCUGCAACAUGGGCGUGGGUCGAAACGAGCGGGAUGUAAUUUCGCGGACAUAGUUCGGCAAAAGAGAGGACCGUGCAAAAGGAUCCGAGUUGUGAUCUGAGCUCGGGUUCGCUCGGAUUCACCACACGCAGCACUUUCCCGUCCCUGACCGGAAUGAUGGAGAAGGGCGCGUUGCAGCAGCAGCAGCAGCCUCUGUCCAAGAGCGCGGAGCGUCCGGCGGAGGAUGUCGCCAAAAUCCCCGACCAGGAGCUGCUGAGGUGGAGCAAACCGGAGCUGGUGCGGCGGCUGCGCCAGACGGAGACGGAGAAGAGGGCCGUCAUCGUGGAGCACGGCAAUCUGAUGCGUGAGGUGAACCGGAGGCUUCAGCAGCACCUCACGGAGAUCCGGAGUCUCAAGGACGUGAACCAGAAACUGCAGGAGGACAACCAGGAGCUGCGGGACCUGUGCUGCUUCCUGGAUGACGACCGGCAGAAGGGGAAGCGGGUGUCGCGGGAGUGGCAGCGCCUUGGCCGCUUCAGCGCGGGGCUGAUGAGGAAGGAGGUGGCCGUCUACCUGCAGAAGUUAAAGGAGCUGGAGCAGCGGCAGAUGGAGGUUGUCCAGGAGAAUCUGGAGCUGAAGGAGGUGUGCUUUAUGCUGGAGGAGGAGCGAGCCGCUGCCACAGCUGGAGGAGGGGCCCACACCCAGGGAGAUCCCGGCUGCAGGAGCUCAAUAGACAGCCAGAACAGCCUGUCUCAGCUCGGAGGGGGCGGGCCUACACCUGGCUUGUUGCGGGACGUUGGCGAUGGGAGUAGUACCUCCAGCGCAGGAAGCACGGAUAGCCCCGAUAAACCACACCACAAGUCACCUACCCUGAGCUCCAGUGCGAGCCCAGGAUCAGGGCCAAGGUACUCCUCCUUGGAGAAACAUAGAGAUAUGUGUGAAUCUCCAGAUAGGAGAAACAGCUCAACCCCUGAGUACCAAACGUUCCCUCAGUCUUGCCGCCCCCGUGGCGGGUCCCUUAUAAACCUAGCACCCUAUGGGCUUGGAGGACCUUGGCCUGAGAAAAACAGCAAAUCCCCCACCAGGCUACCUUGUGACUCCAACUCCAAACCCUCCAGCUCUGAUCUACUAGCUCAAAAACCGUUUCUGAUGUCAGGGAACGCGUCACCAGGCUGCAGGAAGGGAUCGGCUAAGUCCAGCCCAGAGCUGAGUCAGAGGAGGUUCCAGGGAGACAAUCUGGGGGCUGGCUGCAAAGGUCCUGAAGCUAAGCAGCCCACAUCAGGGUCCCUGGAGUACCUGAGGAAAGGCCGGGUGAUUGUUGGGAGUCCAGAGUCUAUGCGGCACCACCAUAAUUUCCAUCACAGCCCUGGAGGGGAGAACAACAAGGGAAGGCACAGCGGCGGGUCCCCGGGCAGGGAGAGGGCUCAGAGGAGGGCUGUUGGAGAGGAGAUGAGCACCCAUCAUCAGAGUCUGUACAACGGAAUACUUUUCUCAGCUUUGUCUCUGCUCAGUCAGGAGCAGAGAGAAUCAGCAGCAGCAGCCAGGAGCUGCUUACACAUGCACAUUAUUGCCCUUGUGCCUUGUUAUCUUAUACGUUCUGGACUGUGCAUAAAAAAAAAAAACAAAACAAACAACAAAAAAAACAGAACAAGAAACAUAUUGGCCUUCUGAGGAGUCCUUUUCUAAUUUUAAUGCACAGAUGAUGUUAAUCAUGAUUUGGUCUGACAGGCCAGCAAUUGAUGGCAGUUUAUCAAAGCAGAGUCGUGGAAAUGUCUUGAUAGCUGCCUUGCAAAUAGUUAUUGUGAAAGAAUGGGAGCAAAACAUGGUGAUGCAUUUAGCUCGUCCUGCUCAUUUGAACUGAUAGCAUUAUUAACUUCAAUCAAUUGAGCCAAACAUCUUAAAACAAUAUGCUAAAAAUACGUGGAUGUGAUAUUGAUUAUCUUAUGACAUUAAUAUCAGUCUAUGAUAUUAGUGAAUAGUAUACUGUUUUCAUCAUGUUCUUCAUUCUGUUGUAGAUGCAUUCUGGAACUAGUUUUGACUGGAAUCAAGCAUUUUAUAUCUGACUGAUCAAAUACAUAAAAAAAAUCUCUUGGCAAUCAAUAAACUCACUAUUUAGUAAAUUGGAGCUACCAGUUUGCAUUCACAAUCACAAUCUUUUGUGUUUCUGUUGUUACUAAGUGGAAAAAAAAUCCAGGAAGUUAAAGUAAAGUAUCUUCAGGGUUGGAGAGUUUCUUAAAAAUGUUUAAAGCUUUAAAGUAUUUGCUACCCAUUGAAACAAAUCUCCGGUUCAUUCAAGCUGCGAGCCAUUCUAUCCUUGGACAAGACAUUUCACCCGUCUUGCCUGCUGGUGGGGCUCAGAGGGCCCGGUGGGGCUCAGAGGGCCCGGUGGGGCUCAGAGGGCCCGGUGGGGCUCAGAGGGCACGGUGGGGCUCGGAGGGCACGGUGGUCUGCCUCGGAGCAGCUGUGGCUUCAAUGUUGCUUUCCACCAUCGGUAGAUGAAAGGCUGAAUAACUGAUUGAAGUGUGAAGCACUUUGGAGAUCUUUGACUUGUUAGAUCACUAUAUAAAUGCAUGCCUUUUACCAUUUAACGUUAUUAAAUUUCUCAUUUUAUUCCUAAAGAGAAGGUUGAUUUGGUCAGGAUCAGUACUAAAAGUUCAAAGCUAUAUAAAGAAAACAACGAAGAAAACUGAAAGUAGUCACUAAAAGAUACUGCAGAAAACUCAGUCAACAAUGAUUAUAGAUCUGCUGCCCUUAUGGUGCGUUCACACCAAACAUGUUACGCAAGUCAAAAAUCUGUCCAACGCUUCAGGUUCGAUGCGUCUGCACUUUGAAUCCAGAUGGUUGACAUUUUGCUCUACACCUAACGUUUCGUGUGUCUGGUUUGCAUUCAAAGUCUAUGUGGAGGCGCGUCGAGAGCACGUCAGAUGUGUCAGCUCUAGCCAUUGUUUUCUGUUGGACACGUUGGACGCUCUUGAUGCAUCAAACGCUCAAAGCUCUCCAAAUCACGCUGCGCUAAAUGCUCGACACGCCUCCACAUAGAUUUUGAAUGUAAAGCAGACGUUUGGUGUGAACGCCCCAUUACAUUCCACAACAUGAAGGAGAGACUCCUGUUUGCCCACCUGAGUAAACAGACAAGCACAUAUCAGGAUCCUCUGCAGUUUGCUUAUUGCCCGUGGAGUCGGCGGUGAAGACGCCAUCAUAUACCUGCUUCAACAAACCCACUGUCAUCUGGACAAAGCAGGCAGCCCUGUGAGGAUCAUGUUCUUUGAUUUCUCCAGUGCAUUUAACACAAUUCAACCUGAUCUGCUCUGUUAGAAACUCCAGAAGACACCGGCGGAGGCCUCAACAGUCUGUUUGUGAGGUACAAACUGUGGUCUGUACCUCACAAACAGACCACAGUUUGUAAGACUGAAGGGAAGGACUGUCUGUCUAACAGCAAGAUGGUUAGCAACACAGGAGCACUGCAGGGCACUCACCAUUCCUCUCACCAUUCUUUUUCUCUCUGUACAGUUCAAGCUUCCAGAUCGGAGACUGAUAAUGGGAGUCAGACUCCCAUUAUCUACAGAAAUACUCAGAUGAUUCUGCAAUUGUCAGGUGUAUCAAAGAUGGACAAGAAUCUGAGCACAGAGAGUUCGUGAACUGCUUUGUGGCAUGGCAUUGAAAGAAAGAACAAUGUCAUGUAGAUUUGAGGAGAAAAGGCAUUAGGCCAAAUCCUAUUUUCGUCAUGGGAGAAGAGGUGGAAGAAUAUAAAUAUGACCCAUUUUAAGAUUUUUCUCUAUACUUAAAAUAACUCUGUCAUGAAUUUUGAAUUGAAUACGAGUUACAGCAACAUUUAUUUUCCCUUUGGGAUCAAUAAAGUACUUUUGAAUUUGAAUUUCUGUUUGGUGCAUUGUUAUUGUAAGUUUGUUGACAACUGGGUACUUAAGCUUCUAGAAAUGUUCUUCCACUCAGAAGCAGUUCUUAGAAUAUUGCAUCCAGGGAGGAACAGUUAGAGCAGACACAGCAGCACAUGUGCCUUUGGACGUGCCGCCUAAAGGCACAGCAUGAGUCUGUUAGUCGUGUGCGUCUUCAGAAUAAAAUCAGCUGGACUUCAGUCAGCUUCCAGAAAGCUCGCAGUUGUUCUGGCACGCUGCACAUUUACAUUUAAUUCUGUCUUUUCCUAUCUCCCUCUCUCACCUCUUGUUUCACAGUAAUCUGUUUGGAGCAGCGUGAAGCACAGAGCCAGACAGAUAUCGGUUUGUAACCUAUAGACCCUUGAGAAUUACAUCAGCUGUGCCGCGCUGCUAAGUAAAUUCCCAACGAUGCUCGCACAUUUCCCUCAGUCUCAGAGCACCAUCACCACAGCCAUAGAUUGGGAAUGAGUGCUGUACGUGUGUGUCUGAGCAUCGGUUGUUCAUAUUAGAGUUCUUGCAGCACAAUGUGAAAAAUUCAGAAGAAGAUUACAGUUCGGAACGUGCAGUCCUUUCUGUGGACCAGGGGACACGAGUUGUUGAUCUGCUUUAUUACAAAGGCUCUUAACAAGCAGUGCUGGUAGAUUUCUCGGUGAAGAAAAGUAAAAUUACCGGGCCUUGCCAUCUAAGCAAGAAGUAGUUCAUAACAGGUAGGCCACAGCUAUGUGAGCAAUAAAAUAGAUCAUUAAACAUGCAGGGAAGUAACUGUUAGACUGAUGAAGAUAAGGUUUCCCUGUGGAGGGUCAAGCCAUCAGAAAUGCUGAAAUGAAAAUGAACUAUGCAAAUCUUCAUUUUGACUUAUAAUCGUAGUUAUUUAUUUCCUUCACAAUGUCCAUUUACAUUCUCAUUUCCAUUUAGAACCAAAUAAAUCCACCAUAACUGUAAACUAAGCACAGCAGUCACACACAGCCCCGUACCAUUAGCAACACUUGAGCAGAAUUAAUCUUGAUCUUAAGCAACCACAUCCCCUUCCAACGCACUUAGUACACAAAAUGAAAUACACACCCUUGUGGGCAUAAACACAGGAAAACAAGAUAAAUGGCUCCUCCAGCUCUGCUUGUGGAAGUAAAUGUGUUGGGCCUCAAGUUGACACAAAGACAACAAUUCUGACAGACAGGACAAGUUAAAAAAAAAAAGCUCCAGAAAUAUUUUAUGAAAUAGUUGCUAUCAGCAAAGAGGGAAACAAUAGAUGUUUAUCAUUGUAUUCACAAAAUCAAUCAUUCAUUUAAUCUAUAGGUGUUAAUGGUUUUCUAUUGCCUUUCAAUAUAUCCAUUGCUCCUGCACAAGAAGAUACUCAUCUUCUGAUCUUCAUCCAUCUCCUCCACCUGUUAUUCUUUCUGUUUUCAUUUCUUUUUUCCAACAUCACAUGGCUCUCUUUCUUAGCAACCCCAUCUUUGAGAGCAGUUCCCCUCCUCUUGGUGCUGUUUUGCAUGCAGCCAGUGUAAACCUUAAUCAGGGAGCCUCCAUCACAGACUAGUACCUUUACAAAUGAAGGGUCUUUAACUUUGAAGGUCUGUCUCCACUGCAGUCGGUGUGCUAAAUAAUUCAGUGGGCACCAAGUAACUUUCCAUACUUAUUCUGCUUAUAACAAUUCAUGAUUUUACUAAACAAUUGACCUUGAGAUGAAGAAAGACAAGAUUAUUAGGUUCUGGCACAUAGGUCAGAUCGAAAUGGUGGUGGUGCGAAACUACCCCAACCUCCACCUAGAUCUCCGCCCAGCUCCCAGCCAUCUCAGUAACUGGUUAAGGUUGUUCUGCAGUGGCCAAUGCACUCUUGUUUUAGAGGCUUGCAGG